AAGCGUUUUAUAAAAUCAUUGUGUGGUUUAAUGUUAACUUUGAAACUGUAUGACCAAAACAAAAGUCGAAAUAUCGAGUUUAAAAAUGUGACUUACACUCGAGAUGAUCGAGAGAAAUUUGGUAAUAUCAUACCUUUGAAUGUAACAUCAAUUGGUGAAAAGUGUUUUAAUUGGUGCAGCUAUUUGAGUAGUAUUACGAUACCAUUAGGUGUUACAUCAUUUAGCGAUUGGUGUUUCAGUGGAUGUAGUAGUCUCAGCAGUAUGAUUAUACCAUCAAGUGUCACAUCAAUUGGUUAUCAAUGUUUCAGUUAUUGUAACAGUCUUAAAAGUAUUACAAUACCACCAAGUGUCACAUCAAUUGAUAAUUAUUGUUUUUAUGGAUGUGAUAGUCUCAGUAGUGUUACUAUACCAUCAACUGUGUCAUCAAUUGGUAAUCAUUGUUUUGGUUUUUGUAGUAGUUUAAGCAGUGUUACCAUACCUUCAAAUGUCACAUCCAUUAAAGAUAGUUGUUUUUAUGGUUGUAGUAGUCUAAAAAGUAUUACAAUACCAUUAAGUGUGAAAACAAUUGAUUGCAAAUGUUUCAGUAAAUGUAGUAGUCUCAGCAGUGUUUUUAUACCUUCGAGUGUGAAAUCAAUUGGUGCUUUUUGUUUCAGUUAUUGUAGUAAGCUAAGCAGUGUUGUUAUACCAUCGAAUGUCACAUCAAUCGGUGAUUAUUGUUUUUAUGAAUGUAAUAAUCUUAGCAGUGUUACAAUAACAUCAAAUGUGACAUUAGCUGGUAGUUAUUGUUUCCCAUCAAAUACAAUUGUUCAACAUUGUUAUUGA